UCCCCUAUAGCCUUCUGCGUUCCAACUGAGCUGAGGAGUAAAGCGACAGCACUUGGUCUCUGAAGUCUCUUUCAGUCUUCACAUUCUCUCUACCGCGCAAAGAUGAGGACUUCCGUGUCAUUGGCCGCCGCCGUCUUCUUGUUUCUGUUGCUGACGGCCAUGGAGGCUGAAGCCAUCAGGUUGGAUGCGGAGAGCCGUGCCGCCGUCAGCCAGAGCCAACAGCAAACUGUCAAUAAAUCAGCCGAGAACUUGGUGCAAAAGCAAGAGGUCGCUCCCGGUAAAAGCUCGGUAGGCGAGAGCGAGACGAAGAGAAGCAUCGCUGGACAGGAGGUCGUCAGGGCGACAACACAUAAGCUACCCGAGUUCCACGAAGACUACUACGGCGCCAGCGUCCAUGAACCUAGGCACCACUGAGCGAUGCGGCAGUCUUUGCCCCCCAGCUGGCUGCUCCGUUUGUUUGUUCCCUUUGUGCAAAGAGGAAAUAGGCCACUAGGUACUACUAGCUUAGUCAGCAGCUGUAGCAGGCUGCCAUAGUUACCUUAUUCUAAGCUUGAUUAGCGAGCAGACACAAUCCUUUCCUUUUUCUUUCUUUCUUUUUCCAUCUCUUGAAUGGAAAUGUAACAGUUUUGAUGCGCUAAC